AUGCCCCUCGAGACCUAUCACCACUCUUCCUCAACUAGAGGCCUGUCCAGCAUCACCACCCUCAUCGUCGGUGCCACUGAGUCCGUCCUAAUUGAUCCGCCCUUUCUCAUUCAAGAUGCUGAGUCCGUCGUUCGCUGGGUGAAGGCCACCACAACCACCCCCCUCAAAGCCGUCUUCGUAACCCACCACCACCCCGACCACUUCUUCUCCGCAAAUCCCAUCCUCGAAGCGUUCCCAUCCGCAAAAUUCUACGCAGCACCAUACGUCCUCGCAGGAAUCAACAGGGAAUACGAUGAUAAAGUGAAAUACUGGCCAUCGAUUUUCGGGAAGGAGAGUGUCCCCGAGGCGCCACGGAAGCCGGAAGCUUUUGAUUUUACGUUCUUCAUUUUGCAGGGCAACCCGGAGAAUCCAGUCAUGUUGCUGGGUCCGUUGCAGGGGGAUUCGGUUGAUCAUACUAUUUUUUGGUUGCCCGCGGAGAGGACGGUGAUUUGUGGGGAUACGGUUUAUGGGAGGAGUACGCAUGUUUGGGUCGAAGAAGUUGAAACGCCCGCAUUGCUCGAAGCAUGGAAUAAAUCACUGGAUGUUAUUUCAUCUCUCAACCCGACCAAGGUCAUCCCCGGUCAUCUGGAGCCGGGAUGGGAGCUUGAUGCGCAAGCGGAUCUCGCGCAUACCAAGAAGUAUCUUUCUGUGUUUGCAAACAAGGUAACCUAUGCGUCGUCCAAGCCCAAGGUGAAAGACCUCCAUGAGUGUUUCCAGAACGAGUUCAAACAGUGCAAGGAGAAUUUGGACUUCUUCUUGGGACAUCUGUCAAAUCAAUUUGGUGAGGGUGGUCAGGUCUGGGAGGAGAAUAGACAUCAUGCUGUGGAUAAGAGGAGUAUUGAGAAUUUGAAUGGUUUCUGUUUCUAGUUGUGUUGUUGAAGAGACUGCGCGGCGUUUGACUUAUUGUAUCAUUCCAGGUGUGGCUAUAUUGAUCACAUUAGUGCUGAUUAUUAAAUUACAUCUUCCACCGCCAGGGUGAUCCCAUCAUAGCUUCAAUCCUUACGAUAAAACAUGCCACGGUAGCUGCGAACAAUAACACCCCGACCGUUAUUCCUGCUCGCUCGUAGCUAAUAGACGAAACCAGAGCCUUUGAUUCCGGAAUCAACAGUCCAGUUAGUGGUGUCCCAAUUAAAGCACCCAUUCCACGGAUAAGGUACAAGGAACCAUUGACGCUGGUGUAAUUCUGCGCGCCAAACAGUUCGAUCAAAGAGGCUGGAAAUAGCGAUAUAUAUGCGCUCGCAAAU